AUGGUGAAGCACUCAGGGAUCCCCAGCGAUGCUCCGCUCGUGCUAGACAGUCCCAAGAAGACGGAUACCGACGACAGCGCAUGGGAUGUGGCCGUUGCCCGAUGCCUACCUACGCAGCCCGUGUGCAUGCUUGUGCGAUUCUAUAUUUGCUUUGUGGCUGCUGCAUCGCACACGAAAUACUUGGCUCCCUCCUCGGAUUUUUACUUUGCUCCGAACCCAAUCAACUGCUUGUACCAAUUUGAAGAACGAGAAACUACGAUAUGGCGGGUAGCACAAAAGACUGCCCUUGCUCGAAGUAAGCUCCUCCAACGAGAAUCGCUUCUCGCUCUGCAGAUCCCUGCCAUUAACAGCACCGCCGGCGUGCAACACGGAGUUGCAGCACCACCACUACUCUAUAGCAGACGUGCUACUGGCGGUGUCAUUUGUAAUUUCCACGUAUCUCGUCGCUUAUCUCCCCAGUUCAUCCAGACCUUUACUCGAAUCAAUCUCCCGGGUAUCGGCCGUCAGGAUUGUGCCUGCCAGCGCCGAGGCUUCAGCAAAUCAGCCUGUUUUCGACCAUGA